AAAGGUGCAACCUCAUUUUAUGUUGCCAUAAAGUCUGUAAUCUGUAAUCGGAAAUUAAACCACGUGGAGGGAGCACACUUAUUUGAACAACUAUAGUCAGCGUGAUUCUCCAGCAAGUACAUAAAGGUAAGCAACAAGUACCGAGUCGUAUUUAAAUUGCGCUUAGCCAAGCAGCCGCAGAGUGCUUGACUAGCCAGGCCAGCAGCUGGCACUUUCUCUCAGGCCCGAAAGCGGGGUCAAAACGCUUUCCCAACGUGCGGUUCGCCAGUCAACGCUGGCACCUGAUCGCGCGAGCAAUGGAGAAUACGCCUCUGAAGUUUCCCCACGAAAUUCGUGAUGUGGACGAGUCCACCAAUGCGGAGCUGUUGGAGUACUUCCAUGGCGAGCGGACUGGCUUUGUUCAGGUCGGAUCGGAGGGAUACUUUUUUCCCCACAAGUUCAAGGGAGAGGCCGAAAAGUAUUACAACUUUGAGGCUCGACCGGAUGAUGUUUGGAUUGCCACGGUACCCAGAUCGGGUACGACUUGGACGCAGGAGCUAAUUUGGCUAGUGGCCAAUGGACUAGAUUUCGAGCAGGCCCAGCAACGACCGCUUACCGAACGCUUUCCUUUCUUUGAGUUUCCGCUGUUUGUGCAUCCCAAAGUCAAGCAGGAGCUGCAGGAGGAGAACAAAGACUCAUCUGAAGCCUUAGAGUUUAUUGAGAAAAUUUCCCGACCGGGAUACGAGGCUCUGAGCGAGUUGCCCCGCUCUCAACGGCGAUUUAUCAAAACGCAUUUUCCUUUUUCUCUGAUGCCGCCAAGUGUUCUGGAAAAUAAAUGCAAGGUGAUCUAUGUGGUUCGCGAUCCCAAAGAUGUGGCGGUUUCCUAUUACUAUUUGAACAGACUUUUCCGCACUCAGGGAUACGUGGGAGAUUUUGAGCGUUAUUGGCGCUACUUUCAAGAAGGAUUAAACCCGUGGCUCCCUUAUUAUAGUCAUGUGAAGGAGGCUCGCCAGCAUGCCCAUCUUUCCAAUGUGCUCUUUCUGCGCUACGAAGACAUGUUGGUGGAUCUGCCAGGCGCGGUUAACAGCAUAGCCAACUUCCUAGAGUGCCCAGUGAAGCCGGAGUACCUAGAUAGACUACUCGAUCAUUUGAGCAUUAAAAGUUUUCGGGAGAACAAGUCAGUAAACAUGCACGAAAUGGCCUCCGUUGGAAUCCUUAACAAAGGAGAAGCCGGAUUCGUCCGCAGUGGCUCCAAAACCGCACAUCAGCCACAACAGGAAUUCGUCCAGAAUCCCAAGCUUUUGAACAGCGCCAACGAAUGGGUGGAACAUAAUGUUAAAAGCCUCAAGGCCAUAUAAAAUACCUGACUUUGAUGGCUAA